ACCCCAACCCCAACCUAAACUUAAACCGUCUGCUUCAUGGACAAGACUAGUGAAAGAGAAACUCAUGACUUCAUGAACGUAGAAUCUUUCUCUCAACUCCCCUUCAUCCGUCCGGCGCCUCCCUCGGUCAAUAAAGAAAAGGGCAUUCGUCUCUUCGGUAAAGAAUUCGGUACCGGCGAUAACACAUCGGCGGGCGGCGGAGGCAGCGGCGGUGGAGAUGAUUACUCUGAAUCAGCUGAAACAAAUAACGAAGACAGCACCAGUCUCAAAGAGAUUAACGAGAAUAAUAUCAAUAACAUUAAUGUAGAUAACAGUCGAAGAUUCGAGUGCCAUUAUUGUUGCAGAAAUUUCCCAACAUCUCAAGCCUUAGGCGGUCAUCAAAACGCCCACAAAAGAGAGCGCCAACACGCAAAAAGAGCGCAUCUUCAAUCGACGAUGGUGCACAAUUCCUUGUCCGACGCCCAUAUUUACGGCUUAAUGAACUACCGGCUCGGCUCGGCUCCAGCUCCGACGAUGAAUUAUCCUUCAUGGAGUAGCAACACCAGUACUACAAGUAAUAGUAACGUUCCUCGGUUUUACGGCAGCCAUAAUAGCAGCUCGUAUAGUUCACAACCGCCGAUCAACGGCAGCCCGUUGGGGCUGUGGCGAAUCCCUGCCGUUCAGAGUAAUGCGAGUUUCAAUCGUGACCGUUCGUUGCAUCCGUUGCCAUUGUUUGCUUCUGAAGAAUUGAAAGGUUCUUCUUCUUCUCAUCAUCAUCAUAAUCUUCAUCAAGUUGUUGUUACUGGCGGCUCCAACGGGCAAGGGCGGUUCGGUUAUGAGUCGAAACCAAACGGGCAAGACCAUGUGAGUUUGGAUCUACAUCUGUAAUAUUAGUAUUAAUAUUAAUGUUAAUCCCAUUAAUUAACUUUUGAUGAAAGAGAAUUUGAGACACUUCAUU